CGCGCCCUCAGCGUCGCCCAUUCCCGGUCCGUGGCUGGGCACUGAGGACAUGUCGCUCGUGCUGCAGCUCGCCGCCUGCUCGCCUCCUGCCCUUCUGCCCCACGCGAGGCCUGCCGGUGCCCUGGUGCCUGCCGGUACCCUGCUGGUCGCCGUCCGGCGCGCCGCCUCUCCCGUCGCCGCCUCUCCGCCCGGUCCGCCGGCCGGCCUCCUGCUUCGGCCUGCUGCGCCCCCGGGAGUCGGCUACGUGCAGAAGCGGGUCGUUGCCCCGCUGCGGCUGGCGCUGCUGCUGUCGUGGUCGGCGAUGGUGCGGCACACCGCGACGCAGCGCAAGGCUGAUCUCGAGGAGGAGCUCGAUGAGGGCAGCCGCAUCACCUGGGUGGGCGCCGCCGUGAACUUUGUCCUGGCAUUCCUCAAGCUCUUCGCCGGCGUGACGGGCCGAUCCGCCGCGAUGAUCGCCGACGCGGGGCACUCGUUUUCGGACCUGAUUUCGGACGGCGUGACGCUCCUCGCGCUGCGGAUGAGCACGCUGCCCGCCGACAUCGACCACCCCUACGGGCACGGCCGCUUCGAGUCGGUCGCCUCUUUAGCAAUCGGGGCUCUCCUCCUCGGCGCGGGCGCCUCCUUCGGCGCCGGCUCCCUCGCCGCGCUCGCCGCGCCGACGCCGCGGCCGCCGAUGCUCAUUGCGCUGUGGGCUGCGGUUGCGUCGAUCGGGUCCAAGGAGCGGCCGCUCCGUGCUCUGCGGGGCGGAGCCGUGGAGGCGAGCCUCACGGCCUGUGCGUAUGUCCUCAUGGCCAAUGCCUGGCACCACCGCUCCGACGCGCUCUCGUCGGUGGUGGCGCUGGCGGGCAUCGGGGGGUCGCUCCUCGGCCUUCCCGCGCUGGACCCGCUCGCUGGCCUCGGCGUGGCCGGCCUGAUCUUCUGGAUGGGGCUGCGCAUCAGCAUCGAGGCGCUCGCGCAGCUGACCGACACCUCCGACUACGACGUCGCGGCGGGGCUGGUCGCGCGGCGCGUGCCGGGCGUCGAGUCGGUCUCGCACAUCCGGUCGCGGUCGAUGGGCGGUUCCGCGCUGGUCGACCCGAUGCUGUCGGCCUCGUGCGCCCACCACCUGGCGGAGGAGGUGCGGCGGAGCGUGAUGGAGGAGGCGAGCCGCAUCGCCGACUCUCCUAUCUCAGAGGUGCUCGUGCACGUCGACACCGCCCCCCACGACUACGAUUGCCCGCUGCAGACGUCGGUCGAGGCAGCUGCGCCGGACCACGCCGCCGUCGAGGCGGACGUCCGCUCGCGCCUCCUCGCGCUGCCAGGCGUGGAGUCGGUGCCACGCGUGCACGUCUUUUACCUCGGCGCCGGAGUCGCGGUUGAGGCGCGGGUCGGUGCGGCGGACAGCAGCGAGACGGUAGACGGUCUGCGCGCAGCGGCGGCGCGCUGGCGGCAGCGGCUGCUGAGCAGCCUGCCCUACCUCUGCCAAGUCUCGAUCGGCGUCGACCUCGCCGACGAAGGGGCGGCCGAGAAAGCGAGGGCGGCCGAGGGCGCGAACGCAGGUGCGGCGCUCAGCUGAGCCCGCCGCCGCGGGUGUUUUGUGACGAAACCCGCUGCUCGGGACUGUACCGUGUUGGAGGUUUUUAAGUUUUCGGCGAUGGCCGAUGGCGAUGC